AAGUAGGUAGCAAAAUUUCAUUUACUUCGCGGUUCGCGGCGAUUGUUUUGACGUUUAAAUUUUUUGAAAUUGUAUAGAUAGCAGAUUUCCAUCUUUUCUUUGAAUAUAUUACAGUGUCAUCACUUCAAAAAUGACUUCUGCCAAAAAACUUAGUGAAGGUACAUGCUCUGAAUCUGUUGAUUCAAGUACAUAUUUUGUUGAUAGUUUUAAAGAGGCUACUUCUGAACUUCUUCGCAGAUUUUUAAGAAAAAUCGAGUUUAAAAAUUUCAAAACAAAACACUAUUCAGAAAUUUAUAAUGAAGAUCCUGAAUUAUUGAAAGAAACUUAUGAGCAGUUUUCAAGACAGUUGGAGAAUUCAAUCAAAAUUGAUCUUGAUGAACUUUGUAAUGAUCAAGAUAUUUAUGAGAAGCUCAAAACACUGGAUGAUCUAAAUAAAGAAUCUAAAAUUUCAGAAGAUGUUAAAGCUUGGAGACCAUCUGGAAAUCCUAAUGAAGAUGUCAGAGACUAUAGAUGCAUUUGCAAAUCCGCACACAAAAAAGCAUUGAAUGCUUUAUUAGAAAAUGUUCGAUCUCAAAAUGACCAACUGGAAAAAGAAGUGAUGGCCAAUCAUGAAGAGAUUAUAAUGUUAAAAGAAGCUGUCACGAAACAGGCUGAAGAAAAUAAAGCUGAUCUCAAUAUCUUAGAAGAAGUGGAUUUCAAUAUGAUUGAAAAUUUGAAUCAGAUGGUAGAUGACUAAUCGCAGUUUUGACAAGAAUAUGUUUUGAUUUGACUUCGUAUUUUACAUUUUAAUGAUAUGUUUGAAGUAUAUUUUUUAUAUUUAUUUUAUUCAUAUUUGAUAUGUUACUGUGAAACUGUAACCAUCUAUUGGAUAUUGUAUAUAUUCAUUUUACUUAUGAGCAAUGAACUAUCAUCGAAAUAAGUUUUAAAAAAAAAAACUGGCUCCUUUUGAAUUAUUUUGUUUACAACUAAUUUUUAUUCUUUUAUUGCCAAGAUAGUUUCCAUAAAGGUUGAAAAU